GUACUUAUUAUAGUCAUAGAAGUGAUCAGUUGCAAAAUCCGAAUACGAAAACGUGGAAGUCAUAAAAACCCUGAGGCAAUGGAAGAGGAGAAGGGUUUAGCAGAACCAAAAUCCUCUCUAUUUCCUCUAUUUCCUGCUUCGGACGCCUCUCAAUCCCACUCUCACCAACUCAUCACUCCAACCCCCCCAAGUCAAUGGCUCUCAAACUCCAGCUUCACCGCCGACCUCUCCGUCAUCAACGACGCCGUUUCCAUCCAACCACAACCACAAUUAGAAGAAGAAGAAAACGAAGAAGAAGAAGAAGAACCAGAAGAGAAGCAACCUAAAUCAAAGGAGUAUGAGUUUCUUGAAUCCGACCAAGACGAUAACAAAAUGAAUUCUAAGAAUAAGAAGAAGAAGAAGAAGAAGAAACGGAAACGGUCCAACGAGAGAGAAGACGGUGCCAGAAAGUCCGGUGUUCGAGCUUGGGCUGGUUCCGAUUACAAUUCCAAUUCCAAUUCCAAAGAUUAUUACUUCGAAUCGCGUGGCGAUCCCGAUAAUUUGGCUUUCGGCUCCCUUUACAGGAUGGAUAUUGCCCGCUACAAACCUCAUAACCCUUUGAAGCUAUCCGGGCUUUAUAAUCAAGGUUUGUACUGGUGGAACCGGACAGGUGCAAUGUUGGAUAGAGAUGGUGAUCUUGAUGCAUUGGAUAGUAAACUAGUAUCUGCUGGUCGUUAUUGGUCUGCAAAGUACACAGUUUUGGAGCGCAAUAAGAACUUAAAGCGUGUUCGUCUUCUUGCACCCAUAAAGUCGACAGCAGAUGAUUUCAUUCCUUUAUCAGACAUUCAAACCUCCCAUGAAGGUGUGGAUAGUGGUUCUGUCUCGAGAGCUUCAAUAAUUGAAGAAUCUUGGGAAGAUGAAGUUCUACGCAGAACACGGGACUUCAACAAAUUGACAAGGGAGAAGCCGCAUGAUGAAAAGGCCUGGGUAGCUUUUGCAGAGUUCCAGGACAGGGUUGCGGGUAUGCAACCCCAGAAAGGUGCUCGCUUGCAGACACUUGAAAAGAAGAUAAGCAUACUGGAGAAGGCAGCUGAGCUUAACCCAGAUAAUGAAGAUUUGUUGCUUUGUCUUCUGAAAGCUUAUCAGAACAGAGAUAACAUUGAUGUCUUGAUUAGUAGAUGGGAAAAGAUACUCAUGCAGCAUCCAGGGAGUUACAAAUUGUGGAGGGAGUUCCUGCAUGUUGUUCAAGGAGAUUUCUCUAGGUUCAAGGUUUCAGACAUGAGAAAAAUGUAUGCACAUGCAAUCCAGGCUCUAUCUGCUGUAUCCAGCAAGCACUUUAGGCAGGGUCAUCAAUCUGCAAAGCCAUCAGAUACUGCAAUUGUUCAGCUGGAACUUGGUCUUGUUGAUAUAUUCCUCAGUCUAUGCAGGUUCGAAUGGCAGGCUGGCUACCAGGAGUUGGCUACUGCAUUAUUCCAGGCUGAAAUUGAAUUUAGUUUGUUUUGUCCUUUACUCCUGACUGAGCAGAGUAGAAGGAGACUUUUUGAGCACUUUUGGAAUAGUGACGGUGCAAGAGUUGGAGAAGAAGAUGCCCUUGGUUGGUCCACAUGGUUGGAGAGAGAGGAGGAGAAUAGGCAAAAGGUUAUCAAAGACGAGGAGACCACACGUGAUAAUGAAAAAGGUGGUUGGACAGGUUGGUCUGAGCCACUUUUCAAAGAUCAGGAUGGUAGUAGGAAUUCAAUAAACGCAGCCAACAAUAACUUGGAUGUUGGGGAGCUUCAGGAGGAAUUUGAGGAUGAAGAUGUCAAGCAGGAAGAUGAAACUGAAGCUUUGCUGAAAAAAUUAGGUAUUGAUGUUGAAGCUGAGGCUAGUUGUGAGGUUAAAGAAACUUCAACUUGGGCUAGAUGGUCAGAAGAAGAGUCAUCUAGGGACUGUGAUCAAUGGAUGCCUCUUCGCAGGAAAUCUGCUGGGGGCUCACAUAGUGAUGGGACACCUGAUAGAGAAGGUGAUGAGCAACUUUUGAGGGUUAUAUUGUAUGAAGAUGUCAAUGAAUACCUGUUUUCAUUAAGCUCAGUAGAGGCCCGUUUAUCUCUCAUAUCCCAAUUCAUUGAUUUCUUUGGUGGGAAAAUAUCUCAAUGCAGCAUUUGCACAAACAAUUCUAGUUGGAUUGAGAAAAUCCUUAGCUUGGAGGCAUUGCCAGAUGUGAUAUUAAGUACUUUGAGAAGGGUUCAUGAUACUUUAACCAAGGCUCAAAGCAGUUUGAGUAGUUUCAGUUUGGAAGAGCUUUUGGGCAGCACCAAUGAUAUUUCUAAGAGAACUGACAUGAUGAAAUUUCUCUGCAAUGCUACCUUACUUUGUUUAACUGCUUUUCCACGUAAUUACAUCUUGGAAGAAGCUGCUUUAGUUGCUGAAGAGCUAUCUGCCACGAAAAUGAACUCUUCCCGCAGUUCAGAUACCCCAUGUCGAGUUCUAGCGAAGCGUAUGCUAAAAAGUGAUCGACAGGAUGUAUUACUAUGUGGGGUAUAUGCACGAAGGGAGGCUGCUUAUGGGAAUAUUGAUCAUGCGAGAAGAGUGUUUGACAUGGCACUGUCAUUAAUAGAAGGGCUUCCAAUGGAACUACGGUCUAAUAUGCCUCUUCUAUAUUUUUGGUAUGCUGAGGCAGAGCUUGCCAAUAAUCCUGCUGACAGUGGUGAAACAUCAUUUCGUGCGCUGCACAUAUUAUCGUGCUUAGGAAGUGGUGAAACAUAUAGUCCAUUUAAAAGUCAACCGUCAAGUUUGAAACUGCUGAGAGCGCACCAAGGGUUCAAAGAAAGAAUAAGAACUGUAAGAUCAGCAUGGGUAUGUGGUCUUAUAGAUGAUCAAUCUGUUGCUCUCAUAUGUUCAGCAGCUUUAUUUGAGGAGUUGACAUCUGGAUGGGCUGCGGGUAUUGAAGUUUUGGAUCAGGCUUUUGCAACUGUGCUUCCAGAAAGACAAAGUCAUAGUUAUCAACUUGAGUAUUUGUUCAACUAUUAUGUGAAGAUGCUUCAGAGACAUCAUAAGCAAUUGAGCCUAUCAAAAGUCUGGGAGUCCGUUAUUCGGGGGCUGAAAAUAUAUCCUUUCAGCCCAGAACUUUUUGGAGCUUUAUUGGAGAUUGGUCAUCUUUACACAACUCCUAAUAAAUUGCGGUGGAUGUUUGAUGACUUCUGUCACAAGAAACCAUCUGUGAUUGUCUGGAUUUUUGCUCUGUUGUUCGAGAUGAGUAGAGGAGGUUCCCAGCAUAGGAUCCAUGGAUUAUUUGAAAGGGCAUUGGCAAAUGAGAUUUUGCAUAACUCAGUUGUACUCUGGCGUUGCUAUGUUGCAUAUGAGAUUAACAUAGCCUGCAACCCUUCUGCAGCCAGACGAAUUUUCUUCCGAGCUAUCCAUGCCUGCCCAUGGUCUAAAAGUCUUUGGCUUGAUGGUUUUCUCAAGCUGAACAGCAUCCUAACUGGAAAAGAGCUGUCAGAUCUCCAAGAAGUCAUGCGGGAUAAAGAAUUGAAUCUGAGGACAGACAUUUACGAGAUCCUUUUGCAAGAUGACCUCAUACCAUGACAUUCUUUCCAGCCAUUUCUUAUUAUUCUUCUAGCAGGCAGGAAAUUGAAAAAUUGUACGGAUUGAAGAUGUGCAAAAUCUUGAUGUCAUGGUUCACUAUCAUGGAAGAAAAGCAUUUAAAAUAUUAUCAUACUGCCAUGCACUCCAACCUUAUGUCUUCUAAUCAAGUUUGAGGCUCUAUUUUCUAUCAGAGGGUUGGAUGAGAUUUGGUGGACAAUUUACAAACAUGAGAAAGAGCAGUGGCUGGAAGCCCAAUCACGGGGGUUGAUUCGGUGGCCUGAGUCAUCGUUGGCAUAUUUGGAUUAGAACAAAACACAAUAGAGUAGGAAGGUGAAUUUGAAGGAGAUUGAGUUGCCUCCAACUUUUGUUCCUUUUUUGUGCCUCUUUGCUUACUCUAAUCACCUUAACUGGCCCUCAUGAUUUUCAGCUCAUUUGUACCUUUUUCAUUUACCUCCUCUAUCUCACCUUUUUGCUUGACUUUGCAUUAGUGUUUUGGGUCUUUGAUCGUAUGAGAUGUAAAGGACGAAAAGUUGUAGGAGAUAAUGUUGAUAUGUAGAAAAUUGUAGAUAGGGGUGAGGAAUUGUUGAUCCGGCUGGAAUGGUUAAAUUUGGGGGUUGCUGAGAUUUUGGUGGGUGGAUUUGUAACUA